CCGCGCGCCGCCCGGCGCCGGUGACGGUCCGCGCUGCGAUUGGCCGGUGCGCCGAGGGGGCGGGGCGCUCGCACGCGGUCGCGGCGGGGCUGUUGCGACAGAAGGAAAGCGCGAGCGGCCGCUCCCACCCGUGCCAUGCCCUCCGACCUGGCCAAGAAGAAGGCGGCCAAGAAGAAGGAGGCGGCCAAGGCCCGGCAGCGGCCGCGCCGGGUCCCGGACGAGAACGGUGAUGCCGGGCCGGAGCCGCAGGAAGUCCGGCCCCCGGAGGCCAACGGGACGGUGCUGCCAGAGGUGGAUGCUCUUACGAAGGAGCUGGAGGAUUUUGAGUUAAAGAAAGCUGCUGCUCGAGCCGUGACAGGAGUGCUGGCCUCCCACCCCAACAGCACUGAUGUGCAUAUCAUCAACCUCUCCCUGACCUUUCAUGGCCAGGAGCUGCUGAGUGACACCAAACUGGAGCUGAACUCUGGGAGACGCUAUGGCCUCAUCGGACUCAAUGGCAUUGGGAAAUCCAUGCUUUUGUCAGCUAUUGGGAAGCGAGAAGUGCCCAUCCCAGAGCACAUUGACAUCUAUCACCUGACCCGAGAGAUGCCUCCCAGUGACAAGACCCCUCUGCAGUGUGUGAUGGAGGUGGAUACAGAGAGGGCCAUGCUGGAGCGAGAAGCAGAGCGUUUAGCUCAUGAAGACGCGGAGUGUGAGAAACUCUUGGAGUUAUAUGAACGCCUGGAGGAGCUGGAUGCUGAUAAGGCAGAAGCACGAGCCUCACGUAUCCUUCACGGCUUGGGGUUCACGCCAGCCAUGCAGAGGAAGAAGCUGAAGGACUUCAGUGGUGGCUGGCGAAUGAGGGUGGCACUUGCCAGAGCACUCUUCAUUCGGCCUUUCAUGCUGCUGCUCGAUGAGCCCACAAACCACCUUGACCUGGAUGCCUGUGUGUGGUUGGAGGAAGAGCUGAAAACGUUCAAGCGGAUUCUUGUGCUGAUAUCCCACUCCCAGGACUUCUUGAAUGGCGUCUGCACCAACAUCAUCCACAUGCACAACCGCAAACUCAAGUACUACACGGGAAAUUAUGAUCAGUAUGUAAAGACCCGCUUAGAGCUAGAGGAAAAUCAAAUGAAGCGAUUCCACUGGGAGCAAGACCAGAUCGCUCAUAUGAAGAAUUACAUUGCACGGUUUGGCCAUGGUAGCGCGAAGCUGGCCAGGCAAGCUCAGAGUAAGGAGAAGACCCUUCAAAAAAUGAUGGCUUCUGGCUUGACAGAGAGAGUUGUGAAUGAUAAGACUUUGUCAUUCUACUUUCCACCCUGUGGGAAAAUUCCCCCUCCAGUCAUCAUGGUGCAGAAUGUCAGCUUCAGAUACACCAAGGAUGGGCCGUGGAUCUAUAAUAACCUGGAGUUUGGGAUUGACCUGGAUACUCGUGUAGCUCUUGUUGGACCCAAUGGAGCUGGAAAGUCAACACUGCUGAAGCUGCUCACAGGAGAGCUGCUGCCCACAGAUGGGAUGAUUCGCAAGCACUCGCAUGUGAAGAUCGGUAGAUACCACCAGCACUUGCAAGAGCAGUUGGACUUAGACCUCUCACCAUUGGAGUACAUGCUGAAAUGCUACCCAGAGAUCAAGGAGAAGGAGGAGAUGAGGAAAAUCAUUGGCAGAUAUGGUUUGACAGGGAAGCAGCAGGUGAGCCCCAUCAGGAACCUUUCUGAUGGGCAGAAGUGCCGUGUGUGCUUUGCCUGGCUGGCCUGGCAGAACCCUCACAUGCUCUUCCUGGACGAGCCCACCAACCACCUGGACAUAGAAACCAUAGAUGCACUGGCAGAUGCUAUCAAUGAGUUCGAGGGAGGAAUGAUGCUUGUCAGCCAUGACUUCAGACUCAUCCAACAGGUGGCACAGGAGAUCUGGGUCUGUGAGAAGCAGACAAUCACCAAGUGGCAAGGGGACAUCCUUGCCUACAAGGAGCAUCUCAAGUCGAAGCUGGUGGAUGAGGACCCGCAGCUCACCAAACGGACCCACAACGUGUGAGCUGAGGAGCCCCAGGCCUGGCCAGGCGGGGCACAGCUGCUGCUCCCCUGGCUGUGUUCUAGGAUUGCUGCAAUACUGCUUCCCCUCGACUUGCCUUGCACCUCUAUGUCUGGACAGAGCUGUUCUCUUCUGAUCUGGCUACAUUUGGGCAACUGUUUCCUUACCUAGACAACGUCCCAUCUGAGCCAGGCCUUGGAAUCUGUUGGCUUGGGGUCACAGCAGUGGCCAUUGGGGUGUCCGAGCUGCAGUGAUACGCAAGUGGAGACCCCAGCCCAGCUUCUCCUGCCUUUUCCUUCCCAAUUUCUGCUUCAGUUUAGAUACUUCACUUCAAACUCCUCUGGCCUUGGUUUGUUUUUAACUAUUAUUUAACAGUGUAAUUAACAGAUCUGCCUGAGAAUCCAUCAGUCAAUAAAGAGAGAAAAACA